ACCUAUUUACAUAUGUAGAGAUAUGUUUUUGUCUUUUUCCAGUCUGACUGUUUAUAGUGGCAUACGUGUUGUUUUCGUUGUGUCAUAGCCGUGCGUUUUUGCGACCCUUUGCAGAUGGAGACCAAACGCCGACAUAACCGUAUCUAUCAUCAAUCACCAGCGUCGCUGUACAAGGGUAGCAUCAUGAAGAUACACCCUACAUAUGCAUGGUUUGAAGAUUCAUCGCGAUAAUCUCUGUCCUGGUGUGGCUUGCUGCUGAGCGUUCGAAUGCCCAAAAGCAAAUUGGCAACUUAUGCGCUUCCUGAGCAGCACAAUGAGACAACUCUGUUUUUGUUACGAAACUACAUCACAAAGCCGAUUGCUGAGAUGAGAACAGUUGCUCGAUCCCGUUGUUCCACUUCUCAUAUUUCUCCUUCCGGGCUCCGGUCGUCUCCUCCGCUUUCUCUGAUGACUUGUCUUCCCUCUUCUUCGUCUCCGUCUUCGUUUCCUUCUUCGCUGCUGUCUCCACUAGCCGCACCGCCUCAUGAUUUGUCUUACCCGGCUCCUCAGCUUUCUUCGUUUUCUGCUCCUACUCUCUCUCUGCAUGUGUCGCCGAUAAACCGCACUGUACCUGAUCCUGGUGAAUUUACCUCGGCUUCUUUAAGUGACACACGCUUUGGCCCUGACUCACUUCCCCCAUGUAUCGAGCAAGCGAAAAGUGAUACUCGUUUCGUCACACAACCGGGCAAGAAUAUUCAGGUGGUCUGCCGUCUGCGCCCGAUUCAAAAAGAGUCAGGGAACCGGUCACUCCUUCAGAAUUCUGAGCAACACCUCGUAGCGUCUCCCCCCUGCAGAGCAAACACCGCUUUCUUCUUACAAGGCAACAGUAUCCAUGUUCGUCAUCCACCGUCCCUCUUGUCGUCCGGAGGCACGAGCGGUGGAAUAGGCGGUAGAGCAUUACAGGAGUACACGUUCGAUUACGUGUUUGGUGAGAACAGUUCCCAGCAGGCGAUUUUCGAGAGAAUAGGUACGCCUCUGGUGCUGUCAGUUUGCUCUGGAUUCAAUGCAACUCUUCUAGCUUAUGGACAAAGUUCGAGUGGAAAAACAUACACAAUUAUAGGCGAUCGGGAAAACGAUGACGUCUUGCACUACGGGAACAAACACGGUGACGAAGAAAUCAAGGAGGGACGAGAGGAACAGAGCGGAACUGCCGGCGUCGAGGCGGGAGGAAAAUUUUCUCAUCACCCGUGGACGACAUCUAUUGAAAGGGAAGGAGCAGGUGAUAAAGCACCUGGCUGCAGCGCACGACAGGAAAAGGUGGACGAGGAAAGAGGGGACAGAAAAUUAAGAGAAUGUGAUGGUUUGUUACCUAGGAUGAUCAAUGGAAUAUUUACUUGGAUAAAAGCAAAUGAAAAUGCAGCAGUUAAGCGGUGUGUCCGCACAGCCGCCGUUGAAAUCUAUAAUGAGAAUAUACGGGACCUUAUAAGUGGCAAAUGUGGACUUAAGGUACAGAGGCAGAAACAGAACAAAGGCUCACAAGGAGGUGUCGCCAUUGUUGGACUGCAAGAUAAAUUAGUUAGAGAGCCUCAUGAAGCGUUCAGUGUUCUCGAGAAGGCAAUCAAGGCAAGACGGGCCGCAGCCACACGCAUGAACGCGGACUCGAGCAGAUCGCACUUCAUCUUCCGUAUUACCAUCCAAGAAAUCGUGCUGAACACAGGAGAUUCGAAAGUCGGCCGACUCACUGUCGUGGACCUAGCCGGCAGCGAGCGAGUCGCCAAAACCGGUAGUAUGGGUGUAAUGCUCCAUGAAGGGUCGAUGAUAAACAAAAGUCUAAUGUGUUUGGGCAAAGUUAUCAACGCUCUUGCUGCUCUUGCGGAGAAGAGCAGUGACUCUGGGACUUCCACGAACGCAGCUCUCCCUUCAACCUCGUCGCCCCUUCCCUCUUCAUCGUUUGCGCUUCCGCCUUCGUCGCCAGUGCAGCAGGCGCCCGUGGCUGUGUCUUCCUUGAUUGCUUCCUCGUUUGUGCCUUACAGGGAUUCAAAGUUGACGCGGGUGCUGCAGGAUGCUUUAGGCGGGAACUCAAAUACUUGUCUGAUCCUCAGCUGCUCUCAAGAUGCCGUACAUUUGAGUGAAAGCAUCUCGACACUCAGGUUUGGGCAGCGAGCUAUGCGUGUGAAGAACUCCCCAAAAAUGAACGUUAAAAGGGCUCAUGAGGAGGCGGAGUUUCGUUACAAAAAGAGCCACCAACAUCUAGAGGCGGAGUACCAAGCAUUUGUCUCCAGUGUAAUGGGCUGGGCUGAAUCUGCCGUUCUUAAAUUUGCUAAAACUCAGACGGCGAAGAAGGCGAAGAAGACAAAGAAACUUCUGAUGAGGAAAAUGAAAAGGGAAUGCCUCCCAACGCAUCAGUGGAAGAUGGCACUUCUACUUUUUUCUCUGGGAUAA